AUGGUACUUAGCGGGGCAGAGAAAGGCCGAGUGGAAAGGGUGGGUGCGGUAGCACCGCCAGUAGAAUCGGCAGUGAAGCGGCAACGCUCUCAAGAGGAGGAAAUUCUCCGGCCGAAGAAACCGAGGACUGGGGGCGGUCCGCCGAAAUCUUUUAGCGAAGUCGCUAAGCAGGCGGGAUCCAUCACUCUGGGGGUGGUCGACAACAGCAGGGAAGAUGGCGCCAUUUCCAGGGACGAGUGGAAAGUAGUGGCAUCGGCCAUCUCUGCGGUGUUUAUGAAGGUGGUAAGGGAAAACCCUGGACCUCCACCGUGCUGGCGGAGGAGGAGGGGCUUCUGGCCUCGGAUAGUGAGGAGGCUGACCUCAGGAUGUUGGAGAAGAUUAUUGAAGAUGAAGAUUCUUCAAAUAAAUCUCCAGCACUUUAAGGCAGCUUCCGCUAACUUACUAAUCCACCUUGAGCAAGGUGGAGUUGACGUAGUCCUGAUCCAGGAGCCGUGGCUGAGCAGUAGUGGUAUCUCUGGAAUUAGGACGAAAAACCAUUUACUGAUGGUUCACAGUGGUGCAGGUAAACCAAAAUCCUGCAUACUCAUCAGAAAAGAACUAAAAGCAUUCAUUUUGCCUAAUUUCAGCAAUGAGGACAUUGUCUCUAUAAGCCUAGAGAGCACCACCGGGAGACUCUGGCUGAUCUCAGCCUAUAUGGCACACGAUGACGAGGUGGAGCCACCUCCGUUACUGCUAAGGGAGGCCCUAGCUGAGACGAGGCGGAGAAAAAUCGACGUCAUUAUCGGAACCGAUGCAAAUUCCCAUCACACUUGCUGGGGAAGUUCGGAUAUCAACUCAAGAGCGCCUGCGACCGGCCAGCUGCAACAGCAAAGCUCCACACUGCUCGCAUUAGCCUCAAGCCUAUUUUGGCGUGUUACCUCAACUUAG